ACCCUAAUACUCAUACCUAAUUAGCCUAAUAUAAAUAUAAGAAUAUGGUGCCGCUUCUUAUAUUGUCAAUCGUUUUGUCGCUGGGAACUUCCUUCUCCAUCGCUAAAUAGGGUUUCGAUUCAAUAUUGCGUUUGAUGCUGCCAUCGACGACGGCGCUUCAGUGGGAACAAGAGGUUACGAAUUGUCAUGAUGAACGAGCUUCUGACAAUCCGAUCUCCCCGAGUCAACCUCAUGAAUCCAACUUCUCUUCGCCGAUCACUCCGAUAACACCAUCACAGUCACCUCUAUCUCACGAUCCUCAAGAUUUUAACAAAUCAUACAUGAUUAAGGCUGUUCCAGAAAGAACUGACGUUCCCGUUCUUCAAGUUUUGAACCCGGAAGUGGAAUCGUUCUGUGCAAAAGAAUGGAUUGAAACAAGUUCAUCGAUUCAAGAGAGUGGUAUCAAAGAUGUGCUAUCGACAUACAUGAAUCAAGACGAUCAAAGGACGAAUCAAGGCCGGACCAAGUGUCACAUCCGAUUGAGAGGUCGCCACGUUCCCAUAGAUUUACAUGUGAGUUUGGAAGCAAAAUUAGAGCUCUUUGGAUGGGAGUAUAAGAAGGAGCUAAAUCAAGGUCAUAUUAGUGUAAAGAACUGGUUUAUGGUGUAG